CAAACAGUUUCCAACCUAUGUCGGUAACCGCGCUGUUCAAGAGCUUCAUCAUGAGUUCGUUUAUAAAAACUCUCUUAGCAGUCUAGUAGAAUAUAGAAUCUAACUUGAAUUUACUCCGUAGUAUAGUAGGACGAUGAGGAAAACAUGUUUGGUUGAUUGAAGGAAAGGAAAAUAAUGUUACAGAAUACGAGACAGGAGACAAAAAAAAUGUGUGAUAAAUAUGUUAUCGGCUAUUGGGUACGUGAAAAAAAACGACAGAAAUUAAACUUCGACGAUUUUGAGAAAGUAUGUAGAACAGAAGGAUUUUCAUUAAAAUUGGUAGAUAUUUAUUCAAGUUUAGAAUCACAGGGACCACUUCAUGUAUUUCUACAUAAACUCGUGGAUUUGCUAGCACAUGCUGAAGGUGGAAAUGGAAAUGCUAUAAACGUUACGUCAAAACUGCAAGAAUAUAUUGAUAAACAUCCUGAAUUAAUAGUUAUAGAUCCUUUGGAGAAUGUUAAGAAAUUGCAUAAUCGAUAUAAAUAUUAUAAAAUUAUCCAAGAAAGCAUACACUUUAAUGACGUAUUUAUUCCAAAUUUUGUAGAAUUAAAGAGUACAAAUGUUCUUGAAAAUAUGCGCAUUUUAAAACAAAAUGGAGUUAAAUUUCCCUUUGUUUGUAAGUCGCUUCUUGCUCAUGGAUCAAGUGAUGCACACAAGAUGAUGGUCAUUUUCAAUUCAAAAGAUUUAAAAGACUGCCAGCCUCCAUGUGUUGCUCAAAACUUUGUCAAUCAUAAUGCCAUUUUAUACAAAUUAUUUGUAGUUGGGAAAAAUUUCCAUGUCGUUGAACGUCCAAGUUUGAGGAAUUUUUAUUCAGAUGAUUGUGCAUCAUUAAGCACAUUGUUUUUUAAUACUCAUGAUAUAUCCAAACCUGAUUCUAAAUCUAAAUGGUCUAUACUGUCGGAAGAACAUAUACCUACAGUGGUGAAACCGAAUAUUGAAAUACUUGAAAAAAUCGUCAGAGGAAUUACCAAAAUAUUUGGGCUUCAUUUAGUUGGCAUUGAUAUUGUGAUAGAAAAUGAUACUAAGAAAUAUGCUAUUAUAGACGUCAACGUUUUUCCUGGUUAUGACGGAUAUCCAAAUUUUUUUCAGCAUUUAAUAGACAGUAUUAAACAUCUUUUAAUGGAACGAAAAGUUCUUAGACAAAAUUCUAAAAGUUGUUCUUUAAAAAAAUCUCACAGUGAUGAUUUAGAUUCCGGUUUUGAAAGUGACGAGAAAAAAAAAUGUUCUACUAAAUAAAUAGAGAAUAUAUAAUUACA